GGACUAUGGAAGACACCAAGAAGGUGGGGGGCCCUGAUCCAUCGGGCCCCCAGGGCCAUCCACUGCCUGGCAGCCAGCAGCUAAGGGGUGGUUUCAAAGGGUCCCAGGGACCAUGGAUGAACCCCAGAUCCCUCUACUCAAAGCAAGGGCUGUCACUAUCCACUGGGGCCAUCGCUGAUAUGGCCUGCAGCUCAACCUCCCAGGCUCCCGCCACUCAGCCCACGCUCCAACUACUCCAUAAUUCUCCUCAGGUCAGCUCCCAGUGUGACUAUGCACGGGCCUCCCAGGACACCCCGAGAUUCUCUUCUAACCCAUUCCCAAACCCCACUGUGGGAACCCAAGAGCAUCUCCUCAUGGAUGAUGGGACUCAGACUCUGCCAAUGUGCACAGACAACAACAGCAUCGAUGACAAAGCCCAGUACAGAUUCAACCUCUCCCAGAUUCAGUUACAGAUUGGGAGGGAAAGCAAGGCUCCAGCUAAAGUCCUGGUAGGCUGGGGCAAAGGAACCUGUAACAUUGGCCAGAUGGCCUCUGGGGGCUCCGGGAAGAGUCGAUGGCUACCCUACUUCCUCUCAGGAGAGAGUACUGUAGUUGAAGGUCAAGCGCCUCUUCUGACUAUGGCUCAGGCUCCAGUCCAAGAUCAGAGGCAAGACAAGGGUCCAUGUCUGGCUCAGUCUCCUACCCUAAACAAGACGACUUCUUCGCCGUCAUUGCCUCUUCCAACCUCAAUUCCGGCUUCUGUGGCAGCCAUCAAUGGAUUACCAGCACCUGCUGCAGUUAAACCUUACACCUAUAGUCGCAGCUACCUGACUAAUACCACUGCAGCCACUAAAGACCCGCCUCUUGAUCUCAAGAACGGGGGCAACCAAUUGUCUGUUCUCUCAGAUCCUUCCAAAAAGGACAAAGUAUAUUUUUUCCUUAAGGAGACUCCUCCCACUCCAAUACCUAGUCCAGCAGAAUUUCCACCCAAAAGCCAGGACCAAGAAAUUGCCAAGAUGCAGGUGCCAAUCAAGCAAUCUGAGGACCCUGCAAAGAACUGUCUAGUCCAUGCCUCCAGGCUAGAUACCUUACCACCAGCCUCAGAGCCUCUAGACACUUUCAAGACACAGGAGAAUAGCCACAAGGUUUGCGGCUCUCAGCCAGACAAGCAGCCCCCCAAUGCCUGUAACAACAACAACUGCUCUAAUGUGCCACUGCCAGCCCUUCAACAAGGAGUCUACAACAAGCAGUCCCUACCCCAGACUCCCAGAGGAGUCAUACAGAGUCCCAUUUCUAGUGCCCCGACCUGCCAGCUCCAGGAUGCCGUAGAAGACCAUGUGCUGGUGUUUGAUAUGGCCACAGGCAACACCAGGAUGGGAUUGCUGUGCCAUGAUCCCAUGGGCUCACGAGCAGUGCUUGUAGGUCUCACACCCAGCCACCCAUCAACUCAUGAAAAUGCUCUGUCUGCUUGGUCGUUACCCAGGCCAAUUCUCUCCCCUAACAGUGAUCACCCCAGCCUCUGGUCUACCACAGCUGUGCUGUCUAGCCCUGUACCCUCCAGCCUCUCAUCUGGAAGUUACCGAGAGGUAGCUCUGGUUCCCAAGGAGGCCAGACACAACCUAGAGCCAAGGAAUUCCCCCGGCACCGAAAGCCCUAUCAGGAUGCUUGCCAGACCCAUUGUACCGGGAACACCCAUCCAAUAUAGUGAAAAAAUACCAACCCAAGUUCCUGAUCCUAGCUGGCCCAAAUCUGAUGCUGAAAAGACAGACGCUGACCACACCAUCUGGAAGCUGGACAGUCCCACGCUCCAGCCUAGGAAAUUGCAGUGGAUAAAGCCAGAUCCUGUUUCAACAGCUGAUAUCCAGGUAGUGUCCAGAUCUCCACUCCAGGAGAAAGCAGGCAGCAAUAACCAGCAAGCAGUUCACCCUAGUGGCCCUCAGGCUGAAGGUACUGGACAAGUCUUCCUCACUGGUCAGAGUUUCCUCAAUGGGCAGAACCUCCUCGCUAGACAGCCACCUGUAGCUGAGCAAGGCUCCUUAUCUGGUCAGCUCCCCUCCACCAAGCAGCCCCCGCUUACCUGUACACCUCAUCCCAAUGAACAGACCCCUCUUCCCAGACAACUUUCCCUCUCUAGACAUGUACCCAUCACAAUGAAGCCCACCACUACCAAAGAGCUCCCCUUCACCUCUGGGGAGUGCGUCCAGACCCCUACUCAAGAGAGUGAACCCUUAUGUAAUUCUACACACAUUGGAAUACUUCGAGUACCCCUGGCUCCUGAGGAGGCCUGUAUUUAUGUGAACAGAGAUAAAGUUGGAAAUAAUAGGGCUCAAAGACCCAUUGUACACCAGCCCCAAUCCUGGCAACCUAGCGAUCCCCACAGGGGCCAGCAGGAACAACUUUCUCUGAUCACGUUUACUGGUUGUAAGGAUUUGCCCAUAUCGAUGGUGGGCACUGAGUCCACGAAUGGACAUCAGUUCAAGAUGACCACUGAGGACAUUACACGUGCAUCAGUGGUUGCUCACCUGGGUCUUCUCCGUGGGAACUGCUAUGAGUUAGUAUCUACUAUGGAUACACUACCGGUGCAGUCAGCAGUGCUUUGUAACCGCUCCUCCAGCCCCUACCAGAAAAUGGCGGCCAUCGUGAUUGAUACUGGCACAGGAUUUACUAAAUGUGGACUGGCUCAAGAGAACCAUGUCCUCAGUGUGGUACCCUCGCAAGUCCAGAUGCUGCAACACCCACCCCAGGGCCAGCCCCAAUAUGUGGUACCCGAACACCAAGAGGGCUCCUACUCAGUACUGAACCGAGGAGUAGUCUCUGACUGGGAUGCUCUAGAGGUGCUGUGGCAACACCUGUUCUACUGCAAACUGAGAGUGCAGCCUGAGGAGAUGGCCGUGCUUGUGGCUGACUCCCCCAUCUCACCACGUACCAACAGAGAGAAGGUGGCCGAAAUACUCUUUGAGCGUUUCCACGUGCCAGCUAUGCAGACAGUUCAUCAGGCUCUAUUAACGCUCUAUGCUUAUGGGCGUACCACUGGGCUGGUUGUGGGAAGCGGCCAUGGGACCUCCUAUGUGGCACCCAUCAUCACUGGGGACCUGGCUCCACUUGACACCUACCGGCUGGAUGUGGCUGGUGCUGACCUCACUGAUUACCUGGCUCAGCUUCUCAUGUCAGGUUGCCACUCGCCACCCAAGGGAGGGAUUGUCAGACAGAUUAAAGAGGCCUGCUGUUAUGUGGCUAUGGAUACAGCAACUGAGAUGGCCCGAAACCAGUCCCAGGUUCAGGUGGACUUUGUGCUCCCAGAUAAGCAUGUUAUCACACUGGGCUCUGAGCGCUUCUGCUGCCCCGAGGCUCUCUUUCAACCCAAUCUGCUAGGUCUCAACCAGCUAGGCCUUCCACAGCUGGCCCUGCUAAGCAUCAGCCGGCUGGAAGUCAAGCAGCAGGAGCAGUUGCUGGCCAAUGUGGUGCUGGAAGGUGGCAGCACCCUGAUAAAUGGUUUCCCUGAGCGUCUGAGACAGGAGCUGGGUCCUGGUGCCACUGUGUUGGGCUCUCCCCACCGUGCAGUUGCUGCCUGGCUUGGGGGUUCCAUUAUGGCAUGCCGGGACUCCUUCCAAAGCCUGUGGCUCAGUCGCAGGGAAUAUGAAGAGGAAGGCCCAUGGGCUAUCUACAAAUAUCAGCUGUGAGCACAUAAACUUCUGGUUCUGCUUGCUUUAAGUACUGUUGCAUGGUUUAGGUGGAGGGUGGUAUGGAAAAUGUAAGACUCCAGACACGGGUCAAUGAGGGGGAUCCUGGUUCUCCCAAGGCAUACCUAACCUCAACACUCAAGAACCUCAUAGGCCCUGGCAAUUUGCCUUUUCCAGAGACCCCCAGAACCCCUUGGUUGUCAUUGUCUCCAAUCUGGUUUGACCUUUACUGCACCCCAAGGGCAACCACAAAAAAUGGCUGCUGUGGGGUUUUGCCCUGUUGCCCUGACGACAAGUGCAAUUACCCUUGAUUGCCAGCUUGUUGCCAUGGUAAUUUCAAACAUAAUGUAAUA